AUGGCGCCGCCGCCGGACAACGUCUACUUUCCGCCCUUGGGGGGCCUCCUCGAGGGCGAGACGGCGUUGCUGUCGUGGAAACUCAUCGCCUCGGCCCUCGUCGACACGGCCGGCGACCGCCUCACCUCGGCCGCGGUGACGGAAUUCCUCAAGGACCCGUUUGUCCUCGAGCUCCUCAAGAACCCUGCAACGACCUUUGCACCACCGACGGCGCAGUCUGCUGCGGCCCUCGAGACACGCACCGCCGCCAUCCACGUCACGCCCUCCUCGACCGACAAGUACGACCUCAAGACCAUCCAGGCCGAUGCCCGCUGGCUCAGCAAGACCGCCGCCAUCAAUGAAGUCGCUGCUCUCCGGAUCGUCGUUGUCGAGCUGCAGAGCCGACCGCACACGUUCUUGGCCAGCCCGCUGUCUUCGCAGGAUGCUACCAACGUCCGCAAGGCCGCCUCGGGCAGCAGCAGCAGCAGCCUGCCGGCCGCCGAGACCACCGUCGACGCCGAUGAACUAUGGACCGAGUACAACACCGACCAGAGCCGCCAGCGCCGCCUCCUGGCGACGUAUCUGUCCGAACGACGCGCCCUGGCCAAGUCGGCCGACCACAUCACCUCCCUCAUCCUGCACAGCGCGCCCGUGUUUCCCGACGCCGACGCCACGGCUCUCCCUGCGGUCAACGCGGCCAUUGAAACCCUGCGCAGCGAGAUCGUCAAGGGCAGCCUCGGCCAAGCACCAGGCGCCGACCUGGACGGGCGUGCAUUCCUCAAAUCGAUCCCCACAUACGUUGCCGAGCUGCGGGGUUGCAUGCAGCGCGCUGGGGCUGGCAUCCAGGAGUCCUUGAAGUGCGCAGGGUCCGUCGUGACAGAGGAGCUUGCUCACGACUGGGUGCAGACAGCCCUGGCGGAAGCGGUGCAUUUCCUGUCGGUCAUCUUCCUGGUGCUGCAAGCAUGCGGGCGGACGUUCCUUUCGCCUGCCGUGACGGCCGAGUGGUUCAGCUUUGUCGGCGAGUACGGCUUUUUGGACGGCAUCACACCUGGCUUCGAAGCCAUGGCAGAACUGAUUCUGCCACUGAAAACGCUUGUCUGCGUCAACUCGCUGGUUCUCUUGAACCUCAACCGCGCCAUUGGCUACCUCGACCAUGACCUUGAGCUCGAAGGCGACGAAGAACCGUACAUCAACGACACGGACGUCCUCGACACCAUCCACGGCGCUAUUGUCAGUGCAGCCGAAGGCGGCCUGGCUACGGCGAGUCCCGUCUUUCUGUCCUGGUCGCUGAUUCUGCACCGCAUGGACGUGUCCUUCCAAGAGCGUACGGAGCGGCGGGAUCUUGCCCAGAACCAGCGGGCCCAGGACGGCUUCGAGCUCGACAACCAGCCUUUCCACAUCCAUCAGAGUUUGCAGCCGCGUGGCCGCCGCAGCUCUGUCGGCAGUAUUGUGUCGUUGGAACCGGCGCGCUACGAUGGCUUCCUAAACGAGCAAAUCCUGCCUCAUGCUGCAGAGGGCGAGCCACUGGUCCCGAGACUUGCCAUGGCGGCCACCGACCAGUGCCAGGUGUACGACGUCGUCAUCGCCAUGGCCAACUGCGCCGGUGGCGGCGCCGACGCCGCCUUCCGCCCCGGUCUAGGCCCACGCGUCCGCCUCGUCUUCCUCGAGCUGCUCACGGCCAGCUUCCCCAUUGUCGGCUACCAGGCCGACCCCCUCAGCGCACUGCUGUCUGUCCUGUCUGGCGGCCACGAGACGUGGGAUCUGCCCGACGACGACGAGACCGUGGCCCGGGCUGUUUUGAAGGACAGCCGUCUCCUGCAAUUCUACGUGCAGAACUCGCUGAACCGCUUCCCCUACGAAUUCACACCCUUCGUCUCCAUCUCACGCCUCCUCGCAGCAUGCACAUCGACACCCGGGCUCUCGGACAUUGUCGUCGAGUCGCUGCUCCAGACGCCGAGCCUCACAUUUACUUUGCCGCCAGGCUUCGAGGGCUACGCCAUGAUUGACGACGUUGACCAUGCGACUGCUACGAUGCAGCUGACUGAGGACAUCCCCCUCUUCCCCACCGGAGCGUCGCGGAAGCGGUUGGCGUACUACAACGAGAAGCAGGUCGCUGUCAUCCCGGCUGGCUCGUACGGUCGCUUCAUGAUUGACGGCAGCGGCAUCGUAAACAUCGACUACGAGCACUCGACGAUCGCACUCCUCGGCAAGCGCCUCGACGCGAACUUGUCCGACGACAUGUACGAGCCUGUCCUCGGCUUUCUGCAGCAGUCUGAAGUCGCCGAGGCCAUUCGUUUGCUGGCGGCACUGGUGCGCUCAGAGGUCCGCAAAGCGUCCAAGAACGCGCAGCCAGCGGACUCGGCGCGCGCAUCCGAGGCUGGACUGGCCAUUGUCCAAGAGGCCAGCCGCGACCUGGAACAGGCCAAGGACAUUGUGUCUGUCAUCUGCGACACCCUCGACAACCUCAUUCAGGACGGGCCGGCCGAGACCGACGAGUCGCGCAUGGCCGUGCUCGCUGUCUGCGUCGACUUCUUGCUUGCCAUCCUACCCCUCUGCCCUGGCCGUGUCUGGUCCUACAUGGCGCGGUGCCAGCUGCUCAACACCGAGUCGAGUGCCGGCCGGCUGUGCAUUCUCACUGGCGCCUCGGACGUUGUUUCCGAGCGCUUCAACUUUUUGAACGUGUCCAUCCGCUUCCUCUCCGGCCUCGUGCAGAAUGCCAUGAACAGCGCCGUCCAGCGCAAAGUGGCCACCAAGCCGAACGGCCGCAGCAACCAGCACAAGAGCAACGACGACAGCAUCUGGCUGGGCACGUCGGACAAGACUCUGACGCAGGUCAGCCUCUCCAUUGCGCAGACGGUGGUCGACGUGUACGAAAACACCAGCACCUGGAAGUUCGCAUCCGAGGUGCAGCGUGCCAGCCUCGUGUCCGGCGCCAUCGGCGUCCUGCGGGACAUUGUCGUCAACGCGUCUAGUCUCGAGUCCCCGACCGAGCAGGAAAGCCUGGUCUCCUGUUUCGAGCCGGCCGCCCAAUUUAUCAUCAAGAGUUUCCUGUCUUCCUCAUCCUCGUCGCUGCGCUUCCAACCCCUCCUCACCUCCCUCCUCCUCGGCCUCGAGCUUCCGCAGUCUACUUUAUACCCCCAGCGGUACAAGCUGGCGGUGGACCGCGUGGUGGCCGCGCUCGAGCUGUCGGCGGCCCUGCUCAAGGUGACCAACCACAUCGACACGACCGGCAAGGCGCCCGCGCUGGAGACACAAAUCUUCCAGAUCGCCUCGCUGCCGGCACGCCUGUGCGCGCUCAGCGACAGCACGCUGCGGCCGGCCCUCGAUCUCCUGACGGACCUCAUCAUCACAGCAGCCGCGCGGGCUAGCGAACCGCCGUCGCUGCUUGGUUACCUGGGCCCUCAAAUAUCCCGGUCCUUUUUGGGCGUGCUUCUAGCCAUGGACAAGCCGUUCAAGCGGCCGACGGAGUCAGCGCGCAUCUGGCAGUUCUUUUCUACGAUUCUGCGGCACCGGCAGCAGUGGAUGGCCAACUGCCUCCUGACGGGCAAGACGCCGCGCGAGGCACUCCAGACGGACGGCAAGUUGACCAAGCUGUCGUCCGACUCAGCCCUGGCCAAGGCCAAGGAGGCCCUCAAAUCCAUAUCGACCCUGCCGCACGUCGAGUCGCUUGCCAUGCUCGACUUUUUCGCCGCCGCACAAAACUACUGGCCGUGGACCAUCUUUGCGAUCCGCGGCGACAACGACUACCUCGACAGCAUGCGCGCGUAUGUGUGCGACCUGCAACCGGCCGCGACGACGGCCAAGACCGAUGCGCUGGCGGCGUGCAACGAGGCCCGUAUUGCGGCGUACAUUGCCGAGAGCUUUGCCAUGCAGCUCUACCACAUGCGGCAGAUGGGAACCGAAGAAGUGUUUGCGCGCGACGUCGUGCAGGACAUUGACUACUACAUCCGCGACGGUGUGGCGGUCGGCGGCUACAAUGCGUCACUGCAUGCCAACUUCCAGCGCAACUUUGGCAACCGCUAUACGGGCUGCUCGCUCGACCAGUUCAAGCGGUCGAUGCUGCAGCGCCGCGACCUCGGCCCGCAAUUCUACUACGCGCUCGACCUCGCCGACCGCAUGCUGUCGUUUGAUGCGGCCUGGUCCGGCAGCAAGGGCUUCCAGAAGGAGAUGCAGACGGCCAACGUCAAUCUGUCACUCGUGGACGCGCAGAUUGCGCUCUUCCACGCGUGGGAGGUCCUGCUGCUGGAGCUGAGCGUGUGCCUGCUGCCCAAGAACCGGCGGCUGCCGGUGGUCAUGCUGCAGCUCGCCCAGCAGUGCCUGGCGGCGAACCAGAACAGGCAAGGCCCCGAGCUCAUCUUUGUGAAGAUUGCACAGAGCCGGGCCAACCUGGCGUUGUUGCUGCUGCAGCGGCUCGCGGAAUACGCGCUGCUGCCCAAGGACGUGUCGCAGCUGCUGUUGACGGUGUGGACGAGCAUCCACAGCGUGGAGAAUCCGUGGUCGGUCGAGCGGACGCCCUACUUCCGCACUCUGCUGCGCAUCCUCUACAUUGUGCUGCGCGGGUCGCGGCGCGGCCAAGGCGAGAGCAACAGCGGUGCCGGCGCAAAUGCUCCUAUCGGCAGUGUCGAAGGCGACGGCGGUGUCGCCGCCGCCGCCGGCAAAGCACCUGCGACGCAAGGUGGGACGGCGUCCGAGGACGGCGCCAUGGUGGUGUCCACCACACAAACCGUGCUAAACGUCCUCGAUCGCGUGGUGGCGCACGGGUUCCGCGCGCUGGUGACCAUUGUACACGACGAAGAGACCGAGUCGCGGCCCGAGGACCUGGCGCUGCUGACGGCUGUUCUGCAGGCGUGCCUCAGCACGCCGGGUAUGAACGACUGCCAGUCGCAGGUGCUCAACAUUAUGGCCUCACACGACGUGCUGCAUGUGGCGACGUCGCUCUUUUCAUGGUCGGACAAGCUGCUCGUCGACGACCGUGACCCCGUGUACGGCGAGCUGAGCCUGCUCUUCUUGCUCGAGUUGUCGGCCCUGCCGGUGGUGGCCGAGCAGCUGGCGUGCGACGGGUUCCUGAGCCACCUCACGUCGGCCGGGCUCGCGGCGCACAUGCGGCGGCCCGGCGUGUCGCCGUUUUCGGACGUGGCGGUGGCGCAGCGCUGCUACAGCAUCUGGGCCAAGGCCGUGCUGCCGCUGCUGCUCAACAUUCUGAUUGCGCUGGGCACGAGCAUUGCGCCGGAGAUUGCCUAUGUGCUCAACCAGUUCCCCACCCUGCUGGAGGCGAGCGUGCAGCGGCUCGAGGCGCCGGGCCUCAGCCGCACGUCGGCCGCGACCCUCCGCGACACCAGCAAGAGUGCCAAGGGCGGCGGCGACGCGCCGCUCACGCUCCUGUCCGUCAACGAAGUGCACUCGCUGGCGCUGCUGACGCGCGUGCUCGAGGUGCUGCGGGUCAACCACGCGCGCGACAUUGCACCCGUGGCAUGGGACGGUGCGCUGGUGCUGGAGAGCGUGGACUUUUGGCUGUCGCGGCCGCGGCUGCUGCGGGAGCGGCUGGUGCCGUUGGGGGCCCGCGAGGGCGAGUGGCGGUCCGCCGAGGCGCAGCACCUCAAGGGGCUGGCGGAGAACCGGCUGGAGGAGAAGGUGUUGCAGCUGAUGGGCGUGGUCAAGAUUAUCUUGAGCGACGACGAGACGGAGUAG